GUCAAUGUCAUUAACACGUGUUUUUGUUUAUCUCCAAUCAAGAAAUUGAUAAAAAUAAUAAUUGAAAAAUGCCGGCUACAGUACACAACGACGUGCUAAUAUACAAAGGCAGUAAUUUAUUUAGACAACGGCUUCUGCUUUCCACACUAAGCGGUCGAGCUAUAAAGAUUGAAGAGAUUCGAAGUUCGCAUGAUGACCCUGGUUUGAGGGAGUACGAAGUGAAUUUAGUACGCCUUCUGGAUAAGGUUACUAAUGGUUCGAGGGUGGAGCUAAGUGAAACUGGUACCUCGAUGUACUAUCAGCCAGGGAUAUUGAUCGGUGGUCAAGUUUCACACAGUUGUUGCACUCAGAGAGGAAUAGGUUACUAUCUAGAAAUUCUACUAGCUCUAGGCCCGUUCUGCAAGGAGCCUCUCAACGCAGUGUUGCAAGGUGUCACACAUCAUGACCUGGACGUGUCAGUGGACAAAGUGAAGACAGCUGCAUUACCAAUACUGCUUAAGUUCAUACUGGUUGAUGAUGGGUUGGAGCUUAAAGUUGUUAGGAGAGGCGCCCCUCCUCUCGGCGGCGGUGAGAUAGUGUUCAAAUGCCCCGUGCGGCGACAUCUGCGCCCCCUGCAGUGGUCCACCUGGGGCCUGGUGAAGAGAAUCCGUGGCGUGGUGUAUGCGCUGAGAGUGUCCCCUACCAUGGCCAAUAGAGUCGUGGAGGCAGCUAAGGGGGUAAUGCUAAAGUUUCUUCCGGACGUUUACAUAAACACAGACCAGUGCCGGGGCCCCAACGCGGGCAAGAGCCCCGGCUUUGGCAUCAGCUUAUUGGCUGAGACCAACGAGAAGACAUUUUACUGCGCUGAAGCUAAAUCACCUGAAGCAGGCUCGGGCGAGACUAUAUUACCUGAAGACUUAGGCCGCGAGUGCGCUAUGAAACUACUAGAUGAAAUACAUCGCGCCGGCACAGUCGACUCGGCCUUCCAGUGGAUAGUAGCGCUGUGGAUGUCGCUAGGACAGAAGGACGUCAGCGAGUGUGUGGUGGGCCCCCUGUCAGACUACACUAUCAAAUUCCUGCAACACCUCAAAGAGUUUUUCGGAGUGAUGUUCAAGCUAGAAGUCCUGAGAUCUGACGACGAUGAAGAUAGUUCUGACGACGAAGAAAAAGUGACAACUGCACAGAAGAUUAAAAUGACUUGUGUCGGUAUAGGCUAUGUUAAUAUUAGUAAGAGGACGCUAUAAAUAAAUAGUUUUAUGUUUAU